AUGAGUCGCCUCUUCCGUUCCCUCAUCUUCCUUUCAUUCCUUCUGUCUUCCAUGGCCACUGCGGUACCCAACUCGGUCACUAAAGUAUCCAGUUCGGAUGAGUGCGUGUACACGCUGUAUGUGAGGACAGGAUCCAUCAUAAAGUCAGGGACAGACUCGAAGAUCAGCGUGGAGCUCGAAGAUGAGUUUGGGGAUUCGGUUCGGGUGAAUGACCUGGAAGAAUGGGGGUUGAUGGAGCCCCACCACGAGUACUUCGAGUGGGGUAACCUUGACAUCUUCAGCGGCAGAGGUCCUUGUGUGGGGUCCCAACUCUGCCGUCUCAACCUCACAUCCGACGGUACUGGACAACAUCACGGCUGGUACUGUAAUUACGUGGAAGUCACCUCGACUGGGCCCCACCAGACUUGCAGCAAGACCAUCUUUGAAGUGGAGCAGUGGCUCGCAACUGACGCUCCACCUUAUAGUCUCUCAGCCAUCCUGGAUGGUUGUGGGCUACAGAAGCUUGGAAAAGCUACUGAUCAGACGAUUGUUGCUGUUAAGAACGAUCACAAGAAUGAUUUCGAGAUGAACGAUCAUCAAAUGCCUGGUGGAUCUGAUGCUUCUUUAUAAA